CUAUAAGUCAACUCUUUGUAUGAUCAAAAAUUCCCUUUCACCUUCGUUUUUCAAUUCCAAUUUUUCGAUUUCUCUCUCACUUUCUCUUCUUUCAAUCACUUUCUCACCCCCCUUUUCAAUCAUGGAUGAAAACUACACCCCCUCCGGAUCCAUCUCCCACACCGCCGAAUCUAACUCCUCAUCUCACGGCGCCGAUCACGGCUGGCAGAAGGUUACCUACGCGAAGAAGCAUAAGAAGAAGGAAGCUAACGGUGUCGCCGGUGCCGGUAACAAACUCACCUUCAACGGAAACGACGCUGCUUUCAAGUCGCUUGAGUUGCAUUCGGAGGAUCGGAGAAGGAAAAUUCUCGAGGCGAGGACUGCGGCGGAGGCUGAAUUUGAUGAUGGUCCGGUUAGAUCGAAGCAGCGAUCACGUAAUUAUGAUGAUGAUGACGAUGAAGACGAUGAGGAUGUGGAUCGGUCAGGGGAGAAUGGAAAAGCUGAAGAGGUGAAGAAGGUGAAGAAGCCGAAGGUGAAGAAACCUAAGGUGACGGUGGCUGAAGCUGCCGCGAAGAUUGAUUCAGCUGAUCUGGAGACUUUUCUCGUUGAUAUAUCGGCAUCGUUUGAGCAGAAUGAGGAGAUACAGAUGAUGCGGUUUGCGGAUUAUUUUGGACGUGCUUUUUCAUCUGUCAGCGCUGCUCAGUUUCCUUGGGUGAAAUUGUUCAGGGAGUCACCUGUGGCUAAGAUUGUUGAUGUGCCACUUUCUCACAUAUCUGAGACUGUAUACAAGACAUCAGUUGACUGGAUCAAUCGUCGGUCUCCUGAGGCACUUAGUUCCUUUCUGCUUUGGUCUUUGGAUAGUAUUCUUGCUGACUUGGGUAGCCAGCAAACUGUGACCAAGGGUUCCAAAAAGGCAGUGCAACAAGUAACUUCAAAAUCUCAGGUUGCAAUAUUUGUUGCUUUAGCAUUGGUAUUGCGCCGAAAGCCCGAUGCUCUUAUUACUGUAUUGCCCAAAUUGAGGGAGGAUAAAAAAUAUCAAGGACAAGAAAAACUCCCAGUGAUUGUAUGGAUGGUUGCUCAGGCUUCAGUAGGAGAUCUCUCAGUAGGUUUGUAUGCUUGGUCGCGGAAUCUCCUACCUAUAGUGGUUAGCAAAAGUGGCAACCCGCAAUCCAGGGAUUUGGUUUUGCAGCUUGUGGAAAAAAUUUUGUCCACACCUAAAGCACGGGCUGUUUUGGUUAACGGUGCUGUAAGAAAAGGGGAACGAUUGAUUCCUCCUCCAGCAUUGGAAACUCUGAUCCGUGUUACUUUCCCCCCAUCUUCAGCUAGAGUAAAGGCUACAGAAAGAUUUGAGGCCAUAUAUCCCAUUCUGAGAGAGGUGGCUCUUGGCGGUUCUCCUGGAAGUAAAGCAAUGAAACAAGUCUCACAGCAGAUAUUCAAUUUCGCUAUCAUAGCAGCAGGAGAAGACAAUCCUGGAGUAUCAAAAGAAGCAGCUUCAAUUGCACUUUGGUGUUUUAACCAAAGCACUGAAUGCUACAAGCUAUGGGAGAAAGUUUACCAGGAGAACAUCGUAGCAAGCGUUGCAAUUUUGAAAAAGCUUUCUGAUGACUGGAAGGAGCAAGCUACAAAAUUGUCUCCUUAUGAGCCACUCAGGGAGAUCCUAAAGAACUUUAGGCAAAAGAAUGAGAAAGCAUUGACAACGGAGACUGAUGCUGCUCGUCAAGUACUCGUCAAGGAUGCAGAUAAAUAUUGCAAGAUAAUCUCAGGAAGAGUUUCACGAGGCCAUGGGUGCAAGUCAUUUUUGACCUUUACCGUGCUUGCUGUGGCUGUUGGUGCUGUUGUUUUCUACCCCAACAUGGAAUCUUUGGAUUUCAAGAAACUCGCUGUAGUUUUCAAUUCCCAGUUCUGAGCACUCGAGAAUAUUGUGCAUUACCGGCAGUUGGUUGCAUCAAAUAGCGAUUUUCUCUUCAGCUUACAUCAACCACAAUGGGUACAGCAAACCAAUUGCCUCGUAAUAAAGUGCAUAAUGCGGAGUUUGUACACUUGGCUCAAAACUUGUUCAGAUGACACAGAAUAGUUGAGGUCAAUGCUACUUUGAGGUUUACUUUAGUUUGACCAUUUUAUAAUUUAUUUGAUGUUCUUGCUUGCUUCUGUUGAGUCUUAAAAUUUCAGUAUCUUAUGCCUUUACAUCACCAUGCUGGCAAAAUGCCAAUGAGGCAACUACACCUGUAUUAUGAAGUUAAUUUAGUUUUUUUUAAUGAUAAGUUAAUUUAGUUGGAUCAAAGGAAUUUUCAUGAUGCACUGCGAAGUUUUUUUCAUAGCUAUUGCACUAUAUACA